AUGAGCAUCUCGGUUGAUCUUUUGCAUGGAGUCAUGACAACGGGAUUAGAUUGCGGUCAAUGGACAGCAGACUGCUCAGUGUGUGCAUCUAAGAAAGGUUGUGGAUUCUGUGCAAAUGAACUCGGAAGUUGUGUAAAUGGAUUCUGGCAAGGCCCCUUGGACACCAACGAUUGUCCUACCCAAGCUUAUUUCUAUGACCAGUGCCAACUCUCUACUAGAUCUCUUGAAAUUGGUAUAUUUGUUGCCUUUGUCUUGGCUAUCCUUUUAAUCGUUUUCCUCUGUGUAUGCUGUCGCCGACGACGAUAUAACGACGAAACAGAAGAAGAAGAGAGACAAUCAUUGCUACCAUCGGGAACUUUUGGAACAAAGUAUCUUCGGCGAUCGGCUACCUAUUAUCAAUGGAACCGACCACCACCACCACCGCCCACAAAAGCUCGAUUUACGAAAGCCCUCCAGAAUCAGAAACUACCUACUCAAUCACCUCCUCUGUCACUUAAUGGUCCUAGCCAACCACAAAACGCCAAUUGGGAGGAUCGUCGAUUAGCACUGUUGAAGAAAUACGCAAGAGGAAGUUCAACGGGCACAACACGAUAG